CCUUUUAGGAAAAUAAGCUGUAAAAUGAAGAAAUCACAUUGUUUAAGAGGAAUGAGCGCGAGGCGGAGCGUUGAUGGCGCGGGAUGCGUCACCUGGUGGGGUUUCGGACCAGCGCGAGACCUGCUGAGCUCAGAUGUUCACACAGUGAGGUCAGAUGGAGAGUUGAAUAUUCUGCUGGUGGGCAGUGGAGACCCCAGACACAUCCUGAAGACCAUCAGUGGAAUCACAGAGAGUGACGUGAUACAUGUUUGGGUGAUUGAGAACAGCAUGGAGAUUGUUGCCAGACAGUUACUUCUGAUCUACUGGUCACUUCUGAGCCCUGAGACCAUCAGUGUGCACAAGAAGACCGAAGUGUUUCUGGAGAUCUUUGGGAACCUUGAGAUUCGCAGCGAGACAGAAGAGUUUCUCAAACAGGCGUCAUCUGAACUCUGUCAAUCCAUCACAAACACACUGGUCUCUGACUCACACACACAUGCGUGUCUUGACACCAGUCUUCUGAAGUUUAAGGAGAGAGAUGAUUUGGUCCAGAUCUUUAAGUCGUGGGAACGACCUCCUUCUGUGCCAGCGAGUAUACGUCAGGUUUGGGACGCCCGUGUUCGGCAGCACCUGGGAGCUCGAUAUGAUUCACGUCAGGGCUGUUUCGACUGGGAUCUCACCAUGAAACUGCACCAGAGAGGCUGUGGUGUCAUAAACAAACAUCAGUAUGUCAAGUGGAGAGAAAGUGGGGUGGCCUUUGAGAUGAGGGAGGGGCUAUAUCAAACAGCCAAUCAGAGUCUGCUCUCCACACAAGUCUUCAAUCACAGAGGAAACAGGGUUUUGGUUCGAGGAUAUUGGGGUGAUAUUGUCUCCAGUCCAUAUCUGGCCUUUGGCAUAGAGACCGAUGACAAACACCUGCUGAACAAACACAACAAUCAACAUGUCAAGACUGCUCAGGAUAUCUCUGAAGUGAAUAUCAUGGCGUUGUUUGAAUGUCUUGCCUAUAGAGGGCGCUGUCCUCAAAAUAAAGAUGCUCCCGGCCAAUCCAGUACCUGUAACCCAUCCACAGAAGACCCCCAAAGACCCGAGGACACACAAACAAAUGACACCGGCUCUCAGACUCACACAAAACCGGCAGAAAAGACGUCACAUCCAUUCAAUUUGAUGGACAUAAAAGGGGUGAAAAUCUCAUUUCUGUCUCCAGACUCUCUCAGCAAACUUCCUCUCAAAGACAGACACAAGAACCUGUUUAACACUAUCUACUGUUCAGCCAGUAUGGUUCAUCAGAUAGACUCAUCUCUGAGACACCUCGCUGCUCCUGACGCCGUUCUGGUUAUAGAGCUGGCCACCCACCUGUUGGACCUCUCUAGAGAGCAGGUGUCAGGCUUUGCUGAGAGAGUGAAGGACAUCGCUGAAGAAUCAGGUUUCACACCCAAACUAAACCAGAGCGCUUAUGAGUAUUCAACAUUCACACUGAAACAGAACUGAACACAAACUGAACUAAUGUACCGUCGACUACAUCGUGAAUUAAAACCCUCCCAAAAGGAGAUUUGUUUCAAUAAAACACAUGAACAAAUAUUACUUUAUCUUCUGAAUAUAAAUGUAUAUUCAUGCAAUAUAUGAACAGUUUUAAAUGUUGCAAAUUUUGUCCACAUUAAACAAAAAAACUGUAGUGGUUUUAAAGAGCUGUAUUGUGGGAAACAUCCAAACCC